UCUUUCAUCAAUAAAGUAAAUAGAAUAACCACACAAACGUGAUUGAGUACCACAAUGGAUUUUAAAAAGUGUUAUGCACCUUGAAUUCAAAAUCUACCGUUUUAGAUAUCCGUUUGUGUGGUAUCUAAUUCUCAUUUCGAAUAAUUGGAUUUGUUUGGCGCUGGUUGACAGGCGAUUUUUGUCCGCCGGAAAAUAAAAAUAAAUAAAUAGGAAAAUAGAAAAUAAAAUAAAAUAAAAGUAUGAGUUCAUAUUAAAGAUUUUCUAACAUUUGUAAAAGACUUUCAAUAAUUGACAGUAAUAUAAUGACUAAUUUUUAUAAGUCAAAAUAUAUUGUUGAUUUUUUUAUGAAUCGUUCAUAAAUAUUUAUGUUCUUUGACAACUAUUUUUCUUGUGAUCGAUCCCCACAUAUUUUCGCUAAGAAAUAUAAGAUUCAACCAUUAAGUUUGCUUUCCAAAUACAUUAUAAUAUGAAACCAUCAAAGACUAGAAACUGUUACCAUGUUUUGGCCUUCACCAAAUGAUUAGCGCGGCUUACAACUUUCAGAACUUUAAUUUAAUUGCCAUAGCAAAUUUUAAAAUGCAUGUCUGCAUAUUGAACGUACGGUUAAGGAACGCACAACGUCGUUCCGUGCUGCCACUUGAUUUAGUAUAAUUGUUCAUAUUCAAAUUUGUAACUAACUUCUUCUUUCUUCACUAGAAUUUGUCUUUAACCUGGAUGUUAGACUAUUUCCAAAGCAUACAAAAACUUAUGUAGAAUACAAUAUAAAUAUAUAGAGAUAAAUUAAACAAAAAAAUUGUACAAAAAAUCGAAUAUAUAAGCUGUCAUAUUUGGAAUCAUUCUCAAAGUUAAUCCUGCCACGACCCAAGAACAAAUUUAGAGACUUGAUUUUUUUUUGGUUAACUAGAGACUUGAGUUCACAUGUGUGACAAACGGUUUAUCAUGAACUAUUUAAUUGUGGCUUCUAACCCUUCUUUUAGUACACCAAUUAUAAUUUAUAAUUAGCUUUACAUGGAUGUUAAUGCUACACACCAGAAUCAAAUCGUCAAACCCAUUAAAAACAAUAAUCAGAGGUGGUCAACCAGUUGACUACAAAUAUAUAACUAUUGUUUACAGUUUUUGAUGUUAGAUAAUUACAAUGGAAUACAUGUUUAAGUAUUUAAGACAUUAACUAAUUCGAAAAUUUUUGAACAAAAUUUCUCUCUUUAACUAUAUUGGUCGGUUGGCCAAAAUAUAACAAAAGACUGCACAAUUUUACAAUCUCGAAUCUAAUUAAGCUUUAAACUUUAAAUUUAUCUGAAUCAUCUUAAUUGUAUAUUUGGGGUACCUCAUAUGCAUAUAUAUAAAAACAUAUAUAUGCUUGACAAAAAAUUAUUUAUGUUUUUAUAUGUAGAUAAUGUUUCUGUAGUGACAAACAUGAUGAUGCAUUGAGAUGACGACCAGAGAUACUUGAACAGUGAAUUUGAGAUGAAAACUUAAAAUAACUAGAAACAGUUGAUAUACCAUUUUCGACACGAAGGAGAAAAUUAUUAAAAGUCUAAUAAAAAGUCGCGAUCAUGUUAAUAUAAUUAAAGAUUUAUUCAGUCGGCAUUCGGCACUACACUACACAAGAUAAUUUAUCUCAUUAUAUCGAUGUUGUCUUAAAUUCUAAAGGGAACUUUUAUUCAUUUUUAUAUUAAGAUUUAAUCUAAAGGAAACAAUAAUUUGCUUUGAGAAAUCAGAAAGAGAUCAUUAGUUGCAUAUUAGAUCCCAUUUUCUUACGUAAUUGCAUUUGUUCUGAAAUUGUCUUCUUUAAUUUCAAAACUAUAACUUUUUUUUUAGAGAAACAUUAGGGCUGGGUAAUAGAAUAGCAUUAUAGCAUUAAUAAAACAGCAGAACCACUUUAACUAAGUAGGAUUUCUUAAUGAAUAAUCACAGAGUGGUGAAAAUAAUUUUAAUAGAUUAAUGAUGUAUUAUUUUAUAACUAUAUGUUAAAACUUAACAUAUAGAUCAUGAUAAAUGGAGUAUUAAUUUUCAUAGUUUUAUAUUUAAAAUUUUAAUUAUGAUAUUUUUACUAUUCAUAACAUCCAUCACAUGAGAAAAUCGUUUUCCAAUGUUUUAAAUGAAAAUUUCAGAUGAGAAAAACUCUCUUCAUCUUUAGAACAUAGAGCGUUAUUUUGCUCAAAAAUUUCCCCAAUAAAAACGAAUCGGAAGAAAGAAACAAGUAAAAAUAUUAUAUUCUCUUAAAGUAUUUAUUUUUUUUGGGUAAAGGCAAAUAUGGAUUUAUGCUGUUGUCAUGAUUAAUAAAAAUACGUACGGGUCUUUUAAAGAGCAUCAAAAUCAAAUUUAGCCCCGUGGGUCCUUUCUUAUUUUACUUACUUAGUGAAAUAUUUGUCCCAUAUCUUCCUUUACCCCUCUACCACACCCCCAAAGCAAUUGUUGCAUAUAAAUAAGAGAGUUGAUUGAGAAAUGAAGACAAAUACCCAUCAAGCUAUGUCUCUCACUUUCCUUCAUUAACUCAUUUCCAAAAAUAAUAUAUUUUGUAAAAUUCUCAAACUUUUUUUUCUUUAACUUCAUUCAUUUUCACUACCCAAAACCUCCAAAUCCAAAAAAGACAGUGGUUAAUGUGCCAUUGGUGUUUUAGGUAUAUAGCUCUUGUUAAAAGUAAGAUCACCAAUGACAGCAUUAGACAGUACGUUCAAGAACUCAGCGACUAACUCAGUGAGUCAAGACACCAAGAAAGAGAAGACGAACGCGGUUAGAGAUUCCGGUAAGCAUCCGGUUUACCGAGGUGUCCGAAAGAGGAACUGGGGGAAAUGGGUGUCGGAGAUAAGAGAGCCGAGGAAGAAAUCUCGUAUAUGGCUCGGAACGUUUCCUUCCCCGGAGAUGGCGGCGCGUGCACACGACGUAGCCGCUUUGAGCAUCAAAGGAGCCUCUGCGAUACUCAACUUCCCUGACCUCGCCGGUUCUUUCCCACGGCCAAGCUCUCUCAGCCCUCGAGACAUCCAAGCCGCAGCUCUCAAAGCUGCACACAUGGAAAUCAUCAUGACCCCCUCACAGUCUUCUACUUCUUCUUCAUCUUUUACGUUUUCUUCCUCACAGUCGUCUUCUUCUCUGGAGUCUCUUGUGUCUUCUUCAGGGACAGGCUCUGAGGAGCUAGGGGAGAUUGUUGAGCUGCCGAGUUUAGGGUCGAGCUAUGAUGGCACGACUCAGCUAAGUAACGAGUUCAUUUUCUCUGACCCGGCAGACUUUUGGGUUUAUCCACCUCACCAGUUGUUAGAAGGUGAUUAUGAGAUGAUUCCUGGCUCAUUUUCACAGGAUUGGGAUCUUUCAGGACUGUUUAAUUAUUAAGUUAUAAUUUUAUAAAGAACUGCUUGUAAUGAUGUGUUAAUUAACUACGUUUUUGUGAACCCUAUAUUUUGUAGUGGGGUGAGUUUAGGGUUAAUUGUCUUUGAUCCUCUUUUCUCAAUUUGCGUGUUUGUGUGUGUGUGUGACAGAGAGAGGGUGUGUGUUUCAUAUAUGAAUACUUGUACAUAAUUUUCGUUUUUUGUAAGUCAGUGUGGAAAUUUUGUAAAAUAAAUAAUAUUGGACUACUAGCCAAUAGAAGAUAUGACCAUUCUAUUUGA